AUGGGACAUAUUGGCGAAGUGAUUCACGUUGAUGAACAAGAUGUUGCUUAUGAAGUUGAGGUGAAAGAAGAUUUGGAGUGUAUUCAAGUUGCGGAAGAAUAUUAUGGAGGUUAGUUAGGCGCAGGCUUUCAGACUGCGCCUAUUUGGGCUUGGGAUAGUUUUUCGAAAUUUUAGUUCGGGUCAACGCUUUUCCAGUUUGAUCUACACCCCAAAUGAGGAAAACCUAUCAUGGGAUUUUUUUCUGAAAUUGCCUCUGACUUACGCUAACUCGCCGAGAAGUCAAAAAAGACUCUUCGCAUGUACCACCGUAAAGCAAUUUGUACUUCAUGAAAUUUCAAGCUCUUUUUUUUAAAGAUAGAUAAUGUGAAUACCUCGAGGUGUUUUUCGAGUCACUUAGAAUUGUUUUUAUAAUUAAUCGCAAAUGUUUAUUUUCAGGAAUUCCUUCAACUUCAGAAGGACAAUAUUUCGAUUAUGUUCCAGUUGAUGGUGAUAGAUUGAUUGAUGAAGAAGGUUCUGAAUUCAUAUUCGACUCGGCCACACAAUCCUAUCAACAGAUAUUUACUGAAGAGCAUCAGAAUCAGGAGAAGAUAUUGUUACCUGAAAAUAUAAUCGAGGAGGAAGAAGUUUAUGAUGAACCUGGACCAUCUACUUCUACUGCUUCUGAACCAACGAAAAAUGUGUAUAUGAUUAAGAGAGGAGGAAAAAGAAAAUAUCCGGAUAAAAUAUCACAGGGAAAAUUGGAAUUGUAUAAUCCGAUUUCGUUUACAACGAGUUUUUCGGAGAGUUUAAAAUCGAUAAAGGGGAAUACGAAUAUGAAGAAACUUGUGAAAUAUUCGCAAAUGAAUACAAUGCAUCCGGAUGAAGUUGAACAAGUUGUUGAAAGUGGACAAAUUAUGAAAAAAUUGCAAGUUGAAAUCACGAAAUUGAGAAAAGAAAAUGAGAAAUUGAAAAAGGAGAAUGAAGAAGUGCAUCGAAAUUUGCAAAUAACAACGGGAAAACAUGUUGAAGCGAGGCAAGCGAAUCAUAGCACACAAAUGUAUAAGCGAGAUUUACAAAAAGAGCUCAACACUUUAAGGUUGGACAAAAAAGUUGAUUCUAUACAUAAAUAAGAUACAUUUUCAGACAAAAUCGAAAAGAUUUGCUCACCUCGACAACUUGGUAA